CACGAAAUCCAAAAUGGCGCCACUCUGUAGAGAGUCACGCUGCGAUUAGAUUUGUUUACAGUCGCUUUCUCGGUUAAUUAUAUUUAAUGCAUUCUUACGUUUAAACGUCGCGUUCUGGGUCUCGAGAUGGCUUGCUAUUUAUUUAUUUAUAUUUUUCCUAUAAGGCAAAAAAAAUCGCGUGCAUGCUAAUAUGUACAUAUAUAACGUAAUUGAAUGAGAAACUGAUUAGAGACCCUGCUAGUUUUAUGGAGCUGAGCUGAUGUCUGCCUUUGGGUUGUGUUUCAGUUUGGGUCCCUCUCUAUUAAAAAUGACACCAAGGCUGGCCAGAGUGUGUGCCACAUGUUUAAGUCAUAAGAUCAAUCUCAGAAUCACUUCAUUAGCUCGGAUACAGUGGGUUGGGACAGGUCCAAAAAGUCCAGAUGGAGAUGAGGAUGGUUCUGGAGCACCGGUGCCAUCUGGUCCGACGAUUCCUCCAUUCUCAAGGAGCGCUUCUCGAUUUGGGAGGCGACCCUUGUCACCUUUAGAGAGGGUGAGUCAAAUGUUACCCCAGGAAUCGUUAAGUGAGGAGGUCUGGGAACUCAGAGAGGAAAAAACAAGGGAAGAUUACAAAGAUACAGAAACACAGACUCCAGAGACGCUCAAGGAAGACCCAGAUAUGCAUGAAGAUGAUGAGAGUGUCUUAAAUCAAGGCAAGGAAGUCGCUCAUGUUCUACCUGAGGAGCGUGUGAUGUGCUUUGGAGAAGUGGUGCUCGCUGAGUACCGCCGUAAACGAAGGCUGGAGUUACAGAAGAUGUUCCAGCUGGAGAAAGGAUGUAAGCUGGGGAGCAGCUGGGGUUCUGUAGCACACGAUGCCAUCCAGGGCUGCCACGCAGGGACAGUUUUACGCACCAGCCUGGGGCUCCCUAUGCUCAUCCGCAGACCCAGUCUGGAAGAGUUCACGCUGUUUAUGAAAAGAGGGCCUGCUAUCGCUUAUCCAAAAGAUGCCAACGCCAUGCUGAUGAUGAUGGACGUGAACGAGGGAGACUGUGUGCUGGAGUCGGGGUCUGGAUCCGGGGCUAUGAGUCUCUUCCUGUCCCGAGCAGUGGGUUCUAGUGGAAGCGUGCUGAGUGUUGAGGUCAGAGAAGACCACCACAGACGGGCGGUGUUAAAUUACGAGCGCUGGCGUUCGUCCUGGAGUCUACGCAGUGGGAAGGAGUGGCCUGAAAAUGUCCACUUUCACCUCGGAGAUCUCAUAAACGCCGCCCCCUUGCUUGCUGGGAGGAGCUUCAAUUCCGUGGCUCUGGAUAUGAUUAACCCUCAUCUGGCUUUACACACAGUCGUCCCUCAUCUCCAUACAGGAGGAGUGUGUGCCGUCUAUCAGGCCAAUAUUACGCAGAUCAUCGACUUAAUGGAAGGGCUGCGCUGCUCCACGCUUCCUCUGGUGUAUGAACGCAUCAUCGAGGUGCAGUACAGGGAUUGGCUGCUUGCGCCGUCGCUCAAAAAGGACGGCUCCUUCCACCAGCGGAGAAAAUCUCCAGACGAAGAAGCCACAGAGAGCGAGAACGACGAGGCGAACGAUGAAGGGAAAGGACACGAGAGAGCAGCACACUUCCCGUUUGGGAGCGUCCCGUACAUCGCUCGUCCACAUCCCGAACAGAACGGACACACGGGUGAGCAUGUGCGUUCCUUGUGAAAUUGAGGAAAAUAUCCAGAUAGCUUUCGUAUAACUUCAACACCCAUCAAGUCCCUGAUACAAGCUGAUAACACAUGAUGCCUUUGUUCCUUCUGCAAUAAAUCUGUUAAGCAAACCACAUUCUCCUGACCUGAUUUUCUAAGUGAGAUUAUUCUGAUAUUAAAAGUAUCACAAGCAAUCCGUUCCGUUAACAGAUAUUUAUUCAUAUUUCUUUUGCAACACAAUACAGUAAUAUCUCUCUGACA